AUGGCGAAGAAACGCACAAACUCGAAAAAGAACCAAAAACGGACCGACUCAACGAACGGGUCACAAAAUACGAAUAGUCCACCUACAUCGGAUGCAAGUAGGCCGACGAGUCGCUUGAGCAAUCCGUCCGAUGUGGAGAAUUCGGGGCAUCGAAAGCAUACGAAGGAAGUUCCGUUCAAAAAGCCAGCUCAGGUUUUCGGGAACAAAGCCUCUCGAUUAAAUUCCGGCACCAAGAAAGACGUUAGUGAUGAUAAGAAAGUUGCCGUCACUGUUGAGAAAUGCACCGAUCUCCGCCCAACAUCCUCCAUAUCCUCCAGUCGUCUCGAUGACACCGACAUCCACAUUAGGCAAAUGAUAGCUGAGUUCAGAGAUGACACGGGAGGCGAAGCGACAAGAUUGAAGGCGAUUGCUGAUAUAAAUUUCAUGAUUGGCAGUACAUGUUCUUUCUUGCAACGAUUCACCAUCCGAAGCAAACUUCAUUCAUACGGAUUUCUGUCUGCUCUCGCUUCGCAUGCUAACCGAUCUCCAGGAUGUAAGGAAAUCGAUGCUGAAGUGGAGACGUAUAUUCAAUCAGAGAGUCGAGACGCACGAAUGAUGGGGCUCACGGAUGAUAAUCGAAGUCCUAUAGAAGUUUUAGCGAAGCUCUUGUCGAAAACCAACGAUAAGCAGUGGAAGAAAAUGAUCGAUUUGCUAGACUUCAUUGACACUUCCGCAGACAUCGAGGAAUGUAUAACAAGUCUCAAGAAACCACGUGAGCUCGAAAAGGAAUUGAUUGAUGCAGAAAUACAAACGGAAGAAAUAUCAAGAAGAUUUCUACAGAAAGAUGCUUCGCGUAGAGGAAUUUCCCAUAACCUUUCCACAACUUUCAACGACAUACCCGAAGAAUCAGCUGUAUUUUGUGAUUAUUCGACUUCUGAUGAUGAGAGUAAAACGAGUAAUUCUGAUCCAACAACACCGGAUGCUCUCGACUCGAAUCGGAACCUGAAAAAGUGGGCGACUGCGACAGAUUUGCCAAUGCAGGCUAAACUCGGUGUUGUGGAUGAUUUCUUCCGAUCGAACUGCUCCACUUCAACUUUCUCAUCUGAUUGUGACGAUGAUGGACCCAUUUCGCCAUUACUCGAUAAAACUCUUCCAGCUAUUAAUGAAGUAGGGGAUUCAUCUGAAGAAAAUGAGAGCAGCGAACUGCAUACUGCAUUCAACACAUCUCUUCCUGUUCAAUUCUCAGACAGAGCGAACAUCGCGUUCAUUGACGAUACUUCUUCGACAUCGUCGAUACCAGAAAGUCUAGGAUUCAGUGAAAUAAUGACGAUGAGUUUCGAAAUGAUAGACACUGCUAUCAAAGGAACUGCAAAUAUUCCUCCGAUUAGCAGUAGUGCUCCCAUUCCACCUCCACCACCUCCACCGAGUGUUUCGUUAACCGGAAGCUUACCACCGAUAAAUUCGACAGCUCCACCGCCACCGCCACCAAUGAUGAUGCCAGGUGUCCCUCCAAUAUCGAGAAAUGCUCCAACACCGCCUCCGCAUCCAGCAUCGGGAAUGGCUCCGUUGUCGACUAAUGCUCCACCGCCACCACCAAUAUCUGGGAUGGCUCCGAUGUCAACGAAUGCUCCACCUCCGCCUCCAAUCUCUGGAAUGGCUCCGUUGUCAACGAACGCUCCGAGACCACCACCACCGCCACCGUUGCCUGGAGUUCCUUCGAUUUCCACCAAUGCUCCACCGCCUCCGCCUCCACCACCAAUGGCGUCCAAAGGAGGACCUCCACCACCACCACCGCUACCUUUGGAUAUGCUAAAAGGGGCAAUGGCUGGGUUGAAAUCUUUCCCAGGAGGUCCCCCGCCACCUCCGCCUCCUCCUCCAUUCCCUUUCAAUGGAACUGGUGCAAACGCAUUUAGCCCAGGAACCUCGACGUCGCCAGUUCUUUCUCCUGGAGUGGUGAAGUCAGCAGUCGUCUACAGGAAACAGAAGAAGACGGCAUUUGUGCGUUGGCCGAAACUGACAAUGCAGAUGCAAGACGCUGGAACAGUCUUCAACGAUUCACUCUGUGUAGACUUCAAUGAGGAGGAAAGAUCGAAAAUGGAAGAAGUUUUCGAGGAAGCGCCGGUCAAGCAGCUGAACAGAAAAAUCGCUGGAUCGGUUGGCCGCGCGUUUGGCAAGUCGUUGAGAGCAGUCACGUCUUCAUCUGACGUUAACACGAUGUCUGCAAGGUCUCCGACUAAUCCACAAGUUCUCGUUUCGCCGAAAGCUUUGACUAUUGAAAUUCUCAUCAAGAAGUUGAAGCCACUGGAUUUCAUCGAGUUGAUAGAAAAAUUGGAGAGAAACGAUACGGACGGAAUAAAAGUGGAUUUGAUGACCACUUUGAACAACAAUUUCCCAGAUAAAGACGAACUUGAUCCAUUUUUGAAAGUUGAAUAUGGUACACUGACCCAUGCGAGUGACCAGUUCUGUUGGCACAUUGCGCGAAACAAACAUUUGAGAUUACGAAUUGAGUUAUUCAUAACAAAGGAGAAUUUGACUUCUGAGAUCGGCAAGUUCCAAUCACAGAUUGAAUCGCUUCAAGAGGGGUGCAAGCUGGCUCGCGGAGAAGUCGUACAAAUACUGUUGAGAAAGUGUCUCCAGUAUGGAAACUAUUUGAAUCAAGGUUCUAUGUUCGCUGAGGCAUCUGGAUUCCAGUUCAGUUAUCUACUUCAGCUGCUACAGAUGAAAGGAAAGGGGCAGCAUAUAUCUGUUCGACUCGUCGACCUAAUAGUAGCAUUCUGUGAUUUGCCUACAACGCAGCUGGAGGAGAUUCAAUCGAAAAUGGUUACUGUCAGAUCGUUGAAUCUGAAAGAUCUCGAAGAUGCAGUCGGACAAGUUCAGCGAACGAUCCGAAAGCUUGAUGGUCAGAUGAGAAGUUCGAAUGUCGAGACAUUGAUCGCCGCCUAUCAGCCGUUCAUGGAUCAAACAAACGAAAAGCUUCAAAACGUACAGAACGGUCUCUCUGAUGUGAAAUCUCGUGAAAUGGAGUUACAAGUAUACUUGUGUGCUGCAAAUACAACGCUGCAGGCGAUAUUCGAAACAUUGGAGCAAAGCAUGAAAAUUGUUCUGGAUGCAGUUAAGCAAGCUGCCUCGAAAGCUCGAAUUACGCGAGCGUCAUCAAUGGUUACGCUUCCCUCGUCAUCGGUAGCGCAACGAUCGCUAAGAGAAGGAGAGGUUCUUGCGAGAAAUUCGAUGGCAUUGAAGAGUCGAGAUUUGCCAGUUGAAGAAUUGAAGAAGUUCUUCUCGCAUUCAUCGUUCGGACCUCAGAGAACAAAGAAGAUACCUGCUUCGCCCCUCACCACAUCAAAUAACUCACCGACACGAACGAUUCGUCGGCGGAGUAAGGAGGCGCCGAAAGCAGAGUCGGAUGAAACAGGACCUCCAGAAGAAGACACCCUUCCUUCAACACCAUUGGAACCGCCGUCGGUCACAUCACUCCGUCGAGAAGUAUUAGACUUGUCAUCACUUGUCGGAAGUCCCGUGUAA